GUCACGACCCACGUGGUUUUACAUGCUUGCCGCCAUAUUGGUGCAUAUGGAGCACGUUUUAUUUCAAGGGGUUUUCAACGUGCCAUCAACUAUAGUUUAUGUAAAUUAGAGCUAUACAAAGUAUCUGAAUAUGCCGGCGUAUUUUCAGCGCCCCGAAAAUGCUCUUAAAAGAGCGAAUGAGUUUAUGGAUGUUGGCAAGAGGCAGAGAGCCCUUGAAACUCUGUCCGAUGUCAUUAAAAGUAAACGUCAUAGGACAUGGCAGAAGGUCCAUGAGCCUAUUAUGCAGAAGUAUCUUCAAUUAUGUGUUGAACUACGUAAAAGUCAUAUUGCUAAAGAAGGCUUGUAUCAAUACAAGAAUAUUUGUCAACAGGUGAAUAUUGCAUCACUAGUAGAUGUUGUAAGAUGUUAUAUUCAACUGGCAGAAGAAAGAACAGAAGCUGCUCGAGAAAAAUCACACCAAAAGGUGGUUGAUGUUGAUGAUUUGGAUCUUCCAGAUUCUCCUGAAAGUAUAUUAUUGAAAGCUGUAAGUGGUGAAGAUACCCAGGAUAGAACUGAUAGAGCCAUCCUCACACCAUGGGUCAAAUUUUUGUGGGAGUCGUACAGACAGUGUCUUGAUUUACUCAGAAAUAAUUCCAGAGUUGAAAGACUGUAUCAAGAUAUUGCUCAACAAGCAUUCAAAUUCUGUCUCAAAUAUGCCAGAAAGACGGAGUUCCGAAAAUUAUGCGACAAUUUGCGUACCCAUUUGGGACACAUUCACAAACAUCAACAUCAGCAGACGGCUAUUAACUUGAACAACCCUGAUUCACAAGCCAUGCAUCUGGAAACACGAUUGGUACAACUAGAUUCAGCUAUCAAUAUGGAACUCUGGCAGGAAGCUUUUAAAGCUGUAGAAGAUAUCCACGGAUUGAUCAGUUUAUCCAAGAAGCCUCCACGUCCAUCGCUUAUGGCUAAUUAUUACCAGAAACUUGGUCUUGUCUUCUGGAAGUCUGGAAAUCGAUUAUUCCAUGCCUCCACUUUACAUCGUCUUUAUCACCUGUCACGAGAACAGAGAAAAAAUCUUGCGUCUGAGGAACUCACGCAGAUGGCAUCAAGAGUUUUAUGUGCCACAUUGGCUGUACAGAUACCGCCAUCACGUAAUGCAAUUGGAGAACUUUUAGAGAUGAAUGAAAGUACGAUGGAGAAGAAACGCCACCUAGCAACACUACUAAUGUUACCCAACCCCCCAACUAGACAGGGAUUGAUUAAAGAUUUGGUUAAGCAUAAUGUUAUACAGAAUGUAUAUCCUGAGUUACAGAAUCUCUAUCAAUGGUUAGAGGUUGAUUUUCACCCAUUAAGUUUGUACACGAGAGUAACCACACCGUUAGAUGUUAUAUCUAAAAAUGAUGAACUGAGUCAGUAUGUACCUGCUCUAGAAGAUAUUGUCAUAACUAGAGUCCUAAAACAGGUUUCCCAAGUUUAUCAAACGAUAGAAUUUGCCCGUCUUUCUUCUUUGGUACCAUUUGCUACACAGUUUAGAUUAGAGAGAGUUAUUGUUGAUGCUAAGAAAACACUAGAAUUACAGGUCCGUAUAAACCAUCAGACCAGAUCAUUGAGUUUUGGUACGAAUCUUGAUGUCGCCCAGCGAGAAGAUGUGCCUGAAGGACCAUAUAUACAGAGCAUGCCCAGUGAACAGAUUCGUAAUCAGCUGACAGAGAUGGCCAGGUCACUUCACAAAGCCCUGACUUUCAUAGUUCCUCAUGAAAAACAGGUUGAACGAGAUAAUCUGAAGGUAAAGAUUAUGGGAGAAUAUCGAACAUCGGCUAAACGGGAACACACCAAGAUCCUUCAGAGGCGACAGAUUAUUGAAGAUCGUAAAGAACAGCUUGAACAUUUUAAUGACCAAAAAGUAAGUUGA